CCACCUCGGAAGUCUUGUCGGCGGAUCAAUGCAUAACGGCAGAGGCGUCGCGUCUGCCGCACUUCCCAAAACAUUCAAACCUGCUACACCCGCUUAUUCAAGGAUCUGAACCCCGGAACGAGUGCACAAGGUUCAAGGCCUUGGCAAACGCCUAUCUAUAUGUAAUCACGGCGCUCAAAGUGCAGCGAGCGCGACAAGAGAAAGAAGCCUACCACGUCGAACGCCCAAGGACGAGUCUGUGCCUGUGACACUGGAUAAACUGGCAGCAUGGGAUUCGCACCGACGACCUACAUUGCUGCACUGCUGCUGACCUCAACUGUGCAAAACGCUCUGGCAGCACCUGCAUGGCCACACCCAGGCAACCUGGCCCUAGAAUCCACGGGACUCUUCGAGGGCGACAUACUGAUGCCUGGAAACAACUCGGAUGAUCGCACUGCGGUGACGAGUGAUCGACUGCUGUGGCCGGGCGGCAUCAUACCAUUUGUCGUCGAGUCAAGCCUCGGUCGAUACACGGAAAUGAUUCAGCAAGCGAUUGACGAGAUUGAAGGAAAAACUUGCCUACGUUUCGUACCUCGCACCACGCAACGGGACUACGUCACCAUUUACCACGGAUCGGGGUGCUACUCCGGCAUCGGCCGCCUGGGGCGCUCUCAACCGGUGUCGCUAGGCUCUGGCUGCCUCUACAAGGGCACCAUGGUGCACGAGCUGCUUCACGCCGCGGGCUUCUUCCACGAGCACUCGCGCUCCGACAGGGACAUUUACAUCGACGUGUUCACGGAAAACGCGAAAGAAGAUACCAAGAAGCAGUUUGAGAAGUUGGAGUCCUGGCAGAACCGCUUGCUGACGCCCUUCGACAUAAAGUCGGUCAUGCUGUAUGGCUCACAAGCCUUCGCCAAGGCGCCAGAUCUCGUCACUAUGUUGGCCAAGGACGGUAGCUACCUGACGGAAGUCUACGAGAAGCCAGGAAUGAGCGCCGACGACGUCGUUCGCGUCAACAAACUCUACAACUGUCCAGAAUGAUCUUUUCUUGUGUGUGGGAGUGAUGGGGACGCGUUGGCAUUGCGCGACAUUUACAUACCAAGAAAAUUUUUCAACCUUUCAGAGCUUAUUUUACCUCCAACAAUAUUCAUAAUAUAUGGCCAAAUCUUUAGAUAUACAGUAUUUGCCAGUGUAUAAGAUGCACCUACCCAAAAAUACAACGAUUUUUACGAAAAGGUUGAUAAAUAGGGAGCAAUUUCGUACAAGGAGCACGUCUUAUACAAAGGUACACACUUUGUAACGCGAUACUAGCGGGUUCGCUUGCACGUAUCGUCGUCGCGAAAUGCCGUACUUACCCUAUUCCGACGCGCUCAACUCCUACACACCACUGAUUACCCUAUAUUUAGGCAAUCCAAGCAAAAAAAGGUCUCACGCCAUUUUUCGCAUGCACAAAUGAACUUACUUUAUUCCUGCGAAGUGUCUGGGCUCCCAUCUUUUGUCUACUUUGGGUUAGAUAUAUAGGACGCACCACCGAAGAGUUUAGAAAAAAAAGCCGCGUUAUACACCCAGAAAAAUAGGUUAUAUAUAUAUAUAUAUAUAUAUAUAUAUAUAUAUAUGAUAAGCACAACUUAGCGGUUAUCUUAGGUCUAUUUACCCAACAGUUUUCUACAUACGCCUGGCCCAUUGAAAAAUCUAGUUACUACUAUAUAUAUAUAUAUAUAUAUAUAUAUAUAUAUAUAUAUAUAUAUAUAUACACCCGUAGACUCUGGUGUGUCCCAAGGAUCAGUUAUAGGCCCUCUUCUUUUCUUAAUUUACAUUAACGAUUUACCCAAUGAUGUUUCUUCUAGCAUUUACCUUUUCGAAGAUUACCGUGUUAUCCUCUGCGGAAUCUGAGACAGUUCUGGUAACAAGUUCUUACAAGUCGAUAUUAACGCUAUCUCUAACUGGUGUGACGUAUGGUUAAUGCAACUUAACUUAACUAAAUGUAAAUGUAUGCGUGUAACUCGCAGCAAUAUUCCUCCGCCGAACUAUUAUCUUAAUAUUACUCCACUAAAAGCCGUAACAUCCUAUAAAUACCUAGGCGUCCACAUAACCUCGACACUUUCCUGGUCAUUACACGUCGAUGAGGUAAUCAACAAUGGUAACCGCAUGCUAAGUAAUAUUCGCCGAAAUUUUUCUUCUCCUCCUAUGUCAUUAAAGUUAAUUUUAUACAACAUGCUUAUUAGGAGUAAAAUGGAGUACGCCUCAUCCAUCUGGGACCCGCACGUUGAAACCCUUAAUCAAUCACUUGAACUAAUCCAAAACAAUGCUGCGCAUUCCAUUUGUAGUAAUUAUAGUCGCACUUGAAGCGUAACUUCGAUGAACAAUUCCUUGCUACUUCCUCUGCUCUCAGCCCGACAUAAGUGCUCUCGCCUUGAUUUAUUUCAUAAACUAUAUUUCCACAAUUCCUACCUGCGUGAUAAUCUUACAUCAUCUCCUGACCUACAUUUCCUCUCGCAUUGAUCAUAGCCAUAAGGUUGGAAUAAUUCAUUGCCGCAUUUGCUGGAAUAAUUAAUUCCAGCAAGUUGGAAUACGCUAGCGCAAGGCAGGGGUAAUUGGCGAUCGCAGGGAGAGGCCUUCGUCCUGCAGUGGACAUAAAAUAUAGGCUGAUGAUGAUGAUGAAUUCAUUGCCACACCGGAACCUGUCAAAGAAUCAUUUAUUCCCAGGACCUCUCAAGAAUGGAACCACCUUUCCGACGCAGUUGUUGCAAUCAAGGACAACUCAAAGUUUCUUCGGCCAUAUCCGACAUCAUCGGUCCUUGAUAGAACUAAUAAAUUUUGCUUUGUUAACUAAACCGCUUUUGCUGCUUUGUUAGUUACUUAUGUGUGUUUUUUUUUCUUUUUUUCCCCACUCCCCUUUGUAAUACCGCGGUCUUGAGGGUAUAGUAAAUAAAUAAUAUAUGUAUAUAUAUAUAUAUAUAUCAUAAGAAGCAAACAAACCAAGAAACCAAGGACAACAUAGGGGAAAUUACUUGUACUUACUAAUUGAAAUAAAGAAAUGAUAAGUUAAUGGAAAGGAAAGUGGAUGAAAACACGAUUUGCCGGAGGUGGAAAACGAUCCCACGUGUUCGCAUUACGCGUGCGAUGCUCUUACCAAUUGAGCUAGCCCGGCGCCGUUUUUCCAUCCACUUUUUGGGGUUCUUAUGUUUUACUACUGGAACUAACCCUGGGAGUGUUAGUCAGCACCACCCCUCACAAACCUUGGCGGCGGAAAUCGAACAUCCUUUCUGCCGCAGGCGUCAGGAGUA